AGAGUAGUUUCCCUUGACUUCCGGUUUAUAAAUCCAUGUGUACAACGUCGUUCGCACGGACUUUUAUGGUCGUUUGUGUUGGAGAAUUUGAAAUCUUGAGACAAACAGCUAAAGAUGACAUCAAAGGAAAAGGGAGUAUCUGGUACACAACCAAAAUCAGGUCCUAAAUCCUCAGCUGUAACUGUAGAACAAAUACAAGAGGACAGGCUAACACAGCUUGCCAAUGAUUUCUGGUCUGACACAGCUUUGAAGGAAGGAAAACCAUUCAACCAUCAGCUUGUUGAAACUAUCUACCAGAAAGAAAUGAUUUUCACAGAUUUUGCAACAAAAAGAAUCAUGAUGCUGGAAUUCAGUCGAUACUUGGAAAACUACCUGUGGCCAUUCUUCAGUGAAACUGUAACUGUUUCUCAUGUUCUUUCCAUUGUGGCAAUUGUCAAUGAAAAGUUUCGUGAGCGUGUCCCAGCAUGGGAGGCAUUCAAACAGGCGCCAAAGAACUUUGAGCUUCUUUUUCAACGUACACUGUCCCUCCUCCUGGAAGAUAAUGGACCGACAUUAAGAGAGCAGGCUGUUCUUCUUAUAUUCCUCAACCACUGCUUUAACAGUUUGGAGGUGGAUCUAAUCCGAGAACAAGUCCAACGCCUUGUUGCUCUCCCCAUCUGGGUCAACCUUCUUCCUGGAAGACGGGAGGAUUUGUUCAAGAAGAGUGCAAAAUAUAGAAAGUUUUUUAAUAUUAUAAUGAAGAAUGAUGCAAAGCUGACAGAUGAGGAUAAGGCAAGAACUAUGUUUGAGAGGCAAUUUUUAGCCAACCUGUUUGAAGCUUAUCUGAAAAUCCUCAACUCGAUCCCCAGAGAAGGUGACUUCCCUAUUACAAAGGCACACUAUUGUGAGCGAUUUUUAGAGCUUAUGAUCGACAUUGAGGCACAGCUCCCUACUCGGCGGUUUGUCAAUGAACUGAUGGAUGACAAACAUAUUGUAGUUCAUAGCAAACUGUCUACACUCUACUCUAGGCCAGAAGGAAAACUGUUUGUCCAAUUGCUGGAAAUGCUGGAGAGGUAUGCUGAGUUUGAAAUAGAUGAAAAGACUGGCGAGGCACUGACAAUUCAUGAUCGUAUAGAUCUGCACUACAACCGCAUUGCAGGCCUCCAGAAAGUUGUGUUCAAAGACUAUGAGAAACUGAACAAAUUUGCUUUGGCCAAUGUAGCCCGUAUUGACACCAGAGAGUCGCUCACAAAGCACUUCUCAGCUCUCAGCUGUGAGGAGCUGCAUGACAUUCUGGCCAGUCUGCACUAUUUACAGCCUCUUGAGGAGAGCAAGAAGAGUCCUUACAGCAAAGACUUUUUACUGGAACUGCUGGUGUGGAAGCAUGAGCGUAAAAGAUCACAGCUUGAAGUCAUAAAUGAGAUGCCACUAUAUCCCACAGAGAAGAUUAUUUGGGACGAGAAUAUAGUGCCCUCAGAGUAUUUCUCUGGAGAAGGAUGUUUGGCACUUCCAAAGCUGAACCUGCAGUUCCUGACGCUGCAUGACUAUCUGCUUAGAAACUUCAAUCUCUUCCGCCUGGAGUCAACAUAUGAAAUUCGCCAAGAUAUUGAGGAUGCCAUGGUUCACAUGAAACCUUGGAAAGCAGAGGAUGGACACUGUUUGUUCGGUGGAUGGGCCAGAAUGGCACAGCCAAUAUCGAGUUUCAGUGUAGUGGAGGUGGCAAAACCCAGAGUUGGAGAAAAUCACCCAGCUCAAGUGAGAGCAGAUGUCACCAUAAACCUGAGUGUGCGGCCAGAAGUCAAAUAUGAGUGGGAGAGUUUGCGAAAACAUGAUGUGGCAUUUCUGCUGACUGUGCGACCUCAGGUUCCUAUCGGCUACCAGUACAAGUUUACAGAGGACUUCAUCUCCCAGGUUGGGUUGGUCUAUGUCCGUGGUUGUGAAAUUGAAGGCAUGCUUGAUGACACUGGCAAGGUCAUUGAAGAAGGACCAGAACCAAAACCUGAGCUGAAGGGAGAUAACCGUACUUACCGAGUCUGGCUUGACCCUAAUCAGUACCAGCUGGACAUGACACGCACUGUGCAGGGAGGGGAGGAUUGUUAUGAGACAUUUAAUGUCAUACUCCGUCGCAAGCCCAAGCAAAACAACUUUAAGGCAGUGCUGGAGACAAUUCGUGACCUGAUGAACACAGAUUGUGUGGUGCCAGACUGGCUACAUGACCUCAUCCUCGGCUAUGGUGAUCCUGACGCUGCUCACUACAGCAAAAUGCCAAACCAGAUUGCAAAGCUGGACUGGAACGACACUUUUCUGUCACUGGAUCAUCUGAAGGCUAGCUUUUCCUCGGCACAGGACUUCAAGAUUGUGGGUCAGCAUGCACCCCAACCUCCUUUCAGACUGUCAUUCACAGAUGUGCAAGAGGAAAGCUCCAAACGAGAACUGGGUUCUGAUCAGCCCAAAUCUGGAAAAUUUAUGGCAGAAGUUGAACCACAUGUUAUCCCAAAUCGGGGUCCAUAUCCAUACAAUUUGCCAAAAAAAAACACAAUCCCAUUCACUCCAGCACAAGUGGAAGCAAUCAGAGCUGGCAUGCAGCCUGGUAUGACCAUGGUUGUUGGUCCCCCAGGUACAGGAAAGACCGAUGUGGCUGUCCAAAUUAUCUCCAAUAUCUACCAUAAUUUUCCUGAACAGUGCACUCUUAUAGUCACUCACUCCAACCAGGCUCUGAAUCAGCUGUUUGAGAAAAUCAUUGCUCUUGACAUCGAUGAGCGGCACUUACUACGUCUUGGGCAUGGAGAAGAGUCGCUGGAGACUGAAAAAGAUUUUAGCAGAUAUGGUCGUGUAAACUAUGUGCUGGCUCAACGACUAGAACUUCUGGACGAAGUCAGUCGACUCCAGACCAGUCUUGGGGUGACAGGUGAUAUGUCAUACACGUGUGAAACAGCCGGCUAUUUCUUCAUGUACCAGAUUUUGGCUCGAUGGGAAGAAUUCCAGAGUAAGAUCAAGGCCUACAGAGACAAGGAGGAUGGUGUAAAACAGAUUAAACAGCUGUUUCCCUUCACCAAGUUCUUUGACAACGCUCCACAACCUCUAUUUUAUGGGGAAAGUUUUGAACAAGACAUGGAUAUAGCAGAGGGCUGUUUCAGGCACAUCCGCAAGAUUUUCACACAGCUGGAGGAGUUUCGAGCAUUUGAAUUGCUCAGGAGUGGAGCAGACCGUGCCAAUUAUUUGCUGAUCAAAGAAGCUAAGAUUAUAGCCAUGACCUGCACUCACGCAGCACUCAAGCGUCGCGACCUCGUUAAUGUUGGGUUUCAGUUUGAUAACAUCCUGAUGGAGGAGGCCGCUCAGAUCUUGGAAAUUGAGACAUUUAUCCCACUCCUGCUUCAGAACCCUGAAGAUGGAAAUAACCGCCUGAAAAGAUGGAUUAUGAUUGGAGAUCACCACCAAUUACCACCAGUCAUCAAAAACAUGGCCUUCCAGAAAUUUUCUAACAUGGAACAGUCUCUCUUUGCCCGCUUUGUACGACUAGGAGUACCAACAGUUGAUCUUGAUGCACAGGGAAGAGCACGAGCCAGCAUUGCAAGUCUGUACAACUGGCGCUACAAGCGACUGGGAAGUCUGCCUCAUGUUAUCAGCCAGCCUCAGUAUCGUGCUGCCAAUGCUGGCUUCAUGUUUGAUUUCCAGCUGAUCAACGUCUCUGACUUCAAUGGUGUUGGAGAAUCUGAACCCAAUCCCUACUUUUUCCAAAACUUGGCAGAAGCAGAGUAUGUGGUAGCAGUAUUCAUGUACAUGCGCCUGAUUGGGUACCCAGCAGAGAAAAUCUCCAUUCUCACCACCUACAAUGGUCAAAAACAUCUAAUCCGUGAUGUCAUUGCACAGCGCUGUGCCAGCAACCCUUUCAUAGGCAGACCUCACAAGGUGACAACAGUAGACAGGUACCAAGGUCAACAGAAUGAUUAUAUCCUGCUCUCACUUGUUAGAACCAGAACUGUUGGUCACCUCAGGGAUGUCAGACGAUUGAUCGUGGCAAUGUCAAGAGCACGACUUGGCCUUUACAUUUUUGCUCGUGUGGCACUCUUCAGCAACUGCUUUGAGCUCACUCCUGCAUUCAACAGGUUGACGGCAAGACCAACAGUUCUGCAGAUCAUACCUGCAGAGAACUUUCCAUCUCAAAGAAAGGUCCAUGAACCACCGAAAGAAGCUCCACUGGCAAUCGAGGACAUGCCACAGAUGGCACAGUUUGUAUUUGAUUUCUACAACACUCGCAUUGACAGUCUGAUGAGGAUGCGUGGGUUCAACCAGGCUACUCAACUGCGUCAGCCUCCAAAACAUAAGUCAGCAGUUCCCGUGGACAAAGAUGAUUAAACAAGGACAUAGACUCCAAAAUGAUAAAUUAAUUCUCAGAAUGACGGAACACAAGACCCCCAAAAUUUCUUCAAAAGGCUUGUCAUCCUCAACAUAUGUAUCUGCAGACAAGUGAAAAUAUUUCAAUUGGGAAUGAUGCUGUCAUGCUUAAGCAAACAUAAACUAUUCAUUAUGCAAGCUAACAUGUGACUACCAGAAUUUACUGUGGGUGCCAGUUUAUCUGUCUAAACUCUAGAACACCAAUUUAUUCCCAAAGACAUUAAUGUGGCAAGUCACUUCCCCAUUAAAGUCUGCAUAACGACAGGGCCAUUUUCUAUUUCCACGAAAAGCUGCUUCAUUUAUACAUACUGGGAGCACAUGUGUGACUUCUUUGGGAGGUGGGGGUGACUGUUGUACAAUAUUGAUCAAUUUGUCAUGUAAAGGCAAGCACUAGGUGCAGCAGCGUUGGAUUGGAAAGCCCCAUCUACCACAAAGUGAAAGAAACAUGCUGUAUCUACAGCUACCUUUAUAUAAAGUUCAUUUCCAGAUUUAACAAGAGUCAGAGAAAGUUCACUCUGGUUAUGAGCAAAAAGAUUCGUAAAGGAGAGGUCAUUGCUGUCAGUACUGAGACCUCUCCACUUGCAAGCCUAAGUGUGUCUGGCAGCAAUGGACUUUUAAUAGAGCAGAGUGAAAGAUGAGGAUGCACAUACUGGCUGAAACAUUUUCAGCAGCAGCUGAUAGCACUUGAGAUAAAGAUUUUGUUAUUUCUGCACUUACGUUGUAGAGCUUAUUACUUAACCCCAGCUUUUCAGGUCUGCAAACUGUGGAGGGGUCAGUGAGUGAUCCCCUCCCCUCCUGUGUGAGAGAUGGCCUGGGCUGGUUAUCUCAUGCACCUGUUGUGCUCAGUUACAGAACCUUACUACUUAAAGCAGUAGUAGUCAUGGACACGGGAGGUGACUAUGUUGACUCAACAAGGAAACCAUGACUUUAUUAAGCCUGACAGUAUUCUCAAGGAGCAUAGAGCUUGAUGAUUUGUGUAAUGUAGUUCUUUGACAACAUUCAGAGGCAGGGGAGAGAAUCAACAGUUCCAUGAUGCUUUUCAGACCUUGUGCCUCUGCACUCCUUUUCAAGUUAAAAAAAAAGUGUGUGUAGUGGCUGCUGCUGCAAUGCGCUUUUACAAGGGAGCUGUUAAUAUGUUAAUGCAAUUGCAUGAAUAAACAGAUGUCAGAUUCAUUUAUUCAUUCAGACAUUUGUACAUUUACAUGUAUAUGUGUGUGGAUCAAUGGGAAGAAAGUGUGUAUAGAUGCGAGUAUGCACAGACAUAAACAAUUUUCAGUGAUGCAGUAUUUUGUAUUUUUACAAAUAAAAAUAAUUUGUAAU